AUGAUUACCACGAAAAGCAACCUAAAAAGGCUCUCUGAUGCCCAUCCGAUCUUCUCUUUAUGCUUUCUAGUUUGGCCGGUAGUAGCGUGGACCCGCGACGCCAUCACCAAGCAACCUUCAUCAGAUAAAUCACAGAAUUGGAUAAUCAAGAAACCAAAAAAGCUCGAACCUCUAUGUGGCUUCAGUUCACGAUGUUUCGUGUCAUCAUAA